AUGGUUGAGGCCAAACCCAUUACCACUCCCUUUGUAGUUGGUCAACAUCCCUCCACUAAAUGGAAGCUAUUUUCGGAUCCCACCCUCUUUCGGUCUCUUGCUGGAGCUCUACAAUAUUUGACCAUUACUCGGCCUGAUCUCUCAUUCAAUGUCAAUUCCAUUUGUCAGUACAUGCAUGCUCCAACUGAAGAUCAUUUUAGAGCACUCAAACGCAUAUUGCGCUAUGUUAAAGGCACGGUCCAUCAUGGUCUUCAACUUCAAGGCACCCCCACCGGCUAUGUUAUAUUCUUGGGUGCUAAUCUUGUCUCUUAG